AUGGCAGAGAAGAACCUCACCUCCACGACCCAGUUCCUCCUUACUGCGUUCACUGACUGUCCUGAACAGGCUCUCCCUCUCUUCCUCCUCUUUCUGUUGAUCUAUCUCAUCACCUUGCUGGGGAACGCAGGAAUGGUCAUCCUGAUCCGCGUGGAUGGCCGGCUCCACACCCCGAUGUACUUCCUCCUGAGUCACCUCUCUUUCAUGGACAUCUGCUACUCAUCCGUCACGGUCCCCCAGAUGCUGGCCGUGCUGCUGGAGCGCGGGGCGGCUCUGUCCUACACACGCUGUGCCGCUCAGUUCUUCCUCUUCACCUUCUUUGGCUCCAUCGACUGCUACCUCCUGGCAAUCAUGGCCUAUGACCGCUACGUGGCCGUGUGCCGGCCCCUGCUUUAUGUCACUGUCAUGACACAGAAGGCCCGUCUGGGUUUUGUGGCUGCGGCUUACGGUGCUGGUCUCUUCAGUGCCUCCGUGAGGACAGUCUCGGCUUUCACCCUCUCCUUCUGUGGAACCAAUGAGAUCGACUUUAUUUUCUGUGAUCUCCCUCCCCUGUUAAAGCUGACCUGUGGGGACAGCUACACCCAGGAGGUGGUCAUUAUUGUGUUUGCGAUAUUUGUCAUCCCUGCCUGCAUGGCGGCCAUCUUGGUGUCCUACCUGUUCAUCAUCGUGGCCAUCAUGAGGAUCCCCUCCGCAGGGGGCCGGGCCAAGACCUUCUCCACGUGUGCCUCCCACCUCACAGCCGUGUCACUCUUCUUCGGCACUCUCAUUUUCAUGUACCUGAGAGACAACUCUGGCCACUCCUUGCAGGAAGAUCGGGUGGUGGCUGUGUUUUACACAACAGUGAUCCCCAUGCUGAACCCCCUCAUCUAUAGCCUGAGGAACCAGGAGGUGAAGGAAGCCCUGAGGAAACAGGUGCGAAUACAGGUCUUUCGUAAAAGUAAAGUGGGGCAACGUGAAAUUUUGAAAGGUGAAGAAUACCAGUAA